AUGGCUGAUAUAACCAAGUUUGAAGAAGAAGUGGCAAAGCUUAAGUUGCUUGAAAAAGGUACAUCGAUCGAUUGAGUGCCGUUGAGAUUCGAUGAUUAUUUUCAGACCGUGAUAAGUACUUCAAAAAUCGCCAAGAGAUGGAGAUGAAACUGACGGAGAGCAAGAAUGUCAAAGCGGUUCGAUUCUUUGCACUAUUCUCAUACGUAAUUAUUUGCAGGAGCUCGAUUUGAUGGAUGCCGAUGCGAAGAUCUAUAAGCUCAUCGGGGCUGUGCUCGUUCGCCAAGAGUUGGAAGAGGCCCGCUCUACUGUCGACAAGAGAUUAGAGUUCAUCGAUUCGGAGAUGUAAGUUAGCUCUACGCUUUUCAGUCGUUAAAUUGAGUAUUUUAGUAAACGCGUGGAGGCAAGCAUUUCGGACAUUUCCAAGAAAUCAAACGAGCAGCGCGAUAAAGUGAUCGGAAUGCAGUCGGUUCUUCAAAAAUUAGCGGCUGCUCAGGCACAACCACAAAACAAGCAAUAA